AUGGCCUCGACAUUGGCUCUUCAAUUCUCUCGUGUUCUUCUUCUGCUUACUUUCGUUUUGUUGCUACUCCAAUGCGUGGUCAAGUGCGUAGAUGUUGGAAAUGGACAUACUUUGAAAGGAAGCGAAGUCGAGGUGCUGAACUUGGAGGCUAAGUCUGGAUGUGAUUUUGACACGGAUAAAGAUGGGCAUAUAGUGGUCAAAUACAAAAAGGGCUCCGUUUCUUCAACUUCUGGAUGUGUGCUGGAUCUUCUCACAAAGUUUCCCCUUAAAGAUGGAAAGCUCGUGAUGGAAGUUGGUGUCACAGACAACGAUGGUAGUUUGGACAAAUGCUUGUCAGAUGCUGGUGUCAAAGACGAGAAGGAUGUCGGCGACGAGCGUGUUGGGGAUGAAAAUAUGUUACCGUUCUCGUUCAGUCUGAAGGGUAAAGAAGAGGCUGGAGCUGAAAGGACUGACGAGACCGACUACUGUAAAAAUCAUGGGAAAUGUGUCGAAUCUAAAAGACAAGGAAAGUGCCUAAAGAAGACCGAAUACGCUGUUGCUUUUGGACUCAGGGGCAAAGCUGUAAUGAACUUUGUCGAGCCUCUUGGUGAGCCGCGUAUGUGGUACUGUGCUCGGCAAGCGGAGGCGUCGAUCCCUAAGAGUGCAAACUUCCAAAUCGAACUUGACCUUAACAAGCAGGAUUGGACGACCAAAAAGACUGGAUGUGGAAGCGACCUGUCUUUCAAUGGAGACCCUGAAGGGUAUUGUUUGUCGGAAAAAAGCCUUCGCAAGCCUGAGUUUUGGGAGAUUAAGGAUCCGACAUUCGCCGAUAAAGAAUACACCCGUCUCUUCACUCUGCAUAUUCUCCCACAAUCAAAGGUACAUAGACACAAAGGAGAACCGCAAAAAAUCCUAUGGGGCGAGAAUUUGGACGGGAAGGAGACUCCAAAAUGCGAGAUGUAUAUUAAACUUGACAAAAACAACUUCAAAUUGCUUCGUGAUGCUCCUCGUACUACUACAACACCUGAUGACACCCCUCCAGCUACUGAAACUACUAAAGAUACUACAACAUCGACUGUGACUGUCCCAACUAAAGCAGCUUCCGGUGGAAAAGGGGUAAUCAUUGCCGUUGUUGCUGUUUGCCUUUUGAUAUUGCUUUCUGUUGUUGGUGGCAUCCUUUUCUUCGUUCUUCGCGGAAAGAAAGAGGAGGAGGAGGUUAUGCCUGGGGGAGCGACUGACUAUUUUGGAACUGCAGCAAAAACGAAGACGGUCGCUGGGACUACUACCGUUGGGGCAACACAAGCAAAGUCUGGAAUGACGAUGACCGCUGGGGGAACAAAGACUGGAGCGACUUCUUAUGGGGGAGCAACAACAACCAAAGGAGGGGCGACGUCUAAGGCUGGUGGAACAACAACUAAAGGAGCUGCGACAUUCAAAACUGGAGGAGCAACCACGAAGAAGUGA